AAAAAUAGCAGAACUACACGAGACAUGCUCUGAGAAUGAUUUCCGGUUGAGCAGCUGGUGAAUCUUUUGGCUUUGCGUCGUCUUGUUCCUCCGGCGGCUGCAGGACUCGGAGCUUCACGUCUGUUUGCUUUGAACUCAACGAGGUGCGUUUAAAUCUUCUGUCUGCUCUCUCAGGUUCGUCAUCAUGCUCCAUCAUUGUUUUCUCGUGAUCGUUGCCUUGCUCUCAUUGGCCACACCCCUGCUGGUCGCCUUGGAGACCUGCCCAGCAGCGGGGAUCCACGGGAUGCCAGGUAUUCCUGGUCUUCCUGGCAGAGACGGACGUGAUGGAGAGACAGGAGAGAAAGGAGAGACAGGAGCAGUGUGGCACGGCGGCCUCGGCCCUCAGAAGGGGGAGAAGGGGGUACCGGGAACGACGGGGUUUGCUGGAAAACGAGGACAGAGCGGGCUACCGGGAGAACCGGGGAUCCCAGGGAUUAGUGGUCCUCCAGGGCAAGCAGGAGAAGGAGGGACGAUUGGAGGCCAGCUGCAGGCGGCCUUCAGCGUGGCCAGAGGAACCAACGAAUACCCGGAGAGAACCAGCGUCAUUAAGUUCACCAAAGUCAUCACCAACAUCAACGAUGACUACGACACCAGUACAGGACACUUCAGGUGUCGGGUCUCGGGAACGUACUACUUUGUGUACCACGCCUCUUUAGAGGAGCGGCUGUGUGUGCUGAUGAAGCUCGACGAAACGCUGCUGACGGCGUUCUGCGAUCAUCGCCGCACCAGGAGACAGGUGACUUCAGGCAGCCUGGCGGUCUACCUGUCCAAGGAUCAGGAGGUUUGGCUGGAGACCAAAGACUACAGAGGGAUGAGAGGAAAACCGGAAGGUUACAGCAUCUUCUCCGGGUUCCUGCUGCACCCUCACUGACACAAAACAGCCUUUUUACUCACUUUUUAUUAAACAGUUUAACAGCAACAAGUGUGAAAUGACAAGCAAAAUAAAGUCUUCCCUUCCUUCACACUGA